GCGUUAGCUCUACAGUCGACAACACCCAUGAACUACUACCAAGUGUUCCACCACAUCUCCCAGCUGCUGCCCCACGACUGUGUCAUCGUGAGUGAGGGGGCCAACACCAUGGACAUCGGGCGCACCAUGUUGAACAACUACCUUCCUCGACACAGGCAAGGCAUGCCGCCUCACACAGAGAUCAAAGGUCAAAUCCGCCAAGUAUCCUGUGCCUUUGCCCUGAAGACAAGUAGGAAUGAGUUGGGAUCUGUUGAUAGUUCUCCCUGAGAAGACUUCUCAAUGGAGUGCUGCCUGACAGGCUGACUGGAUGACUUCUCAAUGUAGUGCUGCCUGACAGGCUGACUGGAUGACUUCUCAAUGUAGUGCUGCCUGACAGGCUGACUGGAUGACUUCUCAAUAUAGUGCUGCCUGAGAGGCUGACUAAAUUACUUCUCAAUGUAGUGCUGCCUGAGAGGCUGACUAAAUUACUUCUCAAUGUAGUGCUGCCUGACAGGCUGACUGGAUAACUUCUCAAUGUAGUGCUGCCUGAGAGGCUGACUGGAUAACUUCUCAAUGUAGUGCUGCCUGAGAGGCUGACUAAAUUACUUCUCAAUGUAGUGCUGCCUGACAGGCUGACUGGAUUACUUCUCAAUGUAGUGCUGCCUGACAGGCUGACUAAAUUACUUCUCAAUGUAGUGCUGCCUGACAGGCUGACUGGAUUACUUCUCAAUGUAGUGCUGCCUGAGAGGCUGACUAAAUUACUUCUCAAUGUAGUGCUGCCUGACAGGCUGACUGGAUUACUUCUCAAUGUAGUGCUGCCUGAGAGGCUGACUAAAUUACUUCUCAAUGUAGUGCUGCCUGACAGGCUGACUGGAGGACUUCUCAAUGUAGUGCUGACUGACAGGCUGACUAGAUGGACUCUUUUAUUAUCUUACCCCCCCAGAUGUUGUUCAUUGCUUCCUACUUAACACAUACACACACACACACACCAACUAUGGUACCUUUACACACACUGAACUCUUAUUAACGCAGCCUGGUGUCUGUGUGUGUGUGUGUGUGUGUGUGUGUGUGUGUGUGUGCAGGUUGGAUGCUGGUACCUUCGGGACGAUGGGGGUGGGUCUGGGCUUUGCCAUCGCGGCUGCAGUAGUGCAGAGGAACCAGAACACAGGCCAGAGGGUGGUGUGUGUGGAGGGGGACAGUGCCUUUGGAUUCUCUGGGAUGGAGGUGGAGACCAUGUGCAGGUUGGUUCAGUCAAGGUCUCUCUCGCAUAGCAAAACGUGCUUGUAGUAUUCACCGGUCCGGUGCAUAGGAGAAUACAAUUUUUAUCAAUUUUCCCUAAGUGUCAACCACCUAACCUAGUCAUUGAUGCUUUCCCUGGUCAUUGAUGCUCUCCCUGGUCAUUGAUGCUCUCCCUGGUCAUUGAUGCUCUCCCUGGUCAUUGAUGCUCUCCCUGGUCAUUGAUGCUCUCCCUGGUCAUUGAUGCUCUCCCUGGCCAUUGAUGCUUUCCCUGGCCAUUGAUGCUUUCCCAGGUCAUUGAUGCUCUUCCCUCUGACCAGGUAUAAACUCCCAGUGGUCAUCAUCGUGGUCAACAACAAUGGGAUCUACAGCGGAGUGGACGCAGCGACGUGGGAAAUGAUGGGGAAGAUGGGAGAUCUGACCACUGUGUGAGUACAUAGGGGUUUGGGUUUAAAGGUCAAUGUGGGACUGGGCCUACUCUGACUGGUUAUGUCCAGGUCAGGAUUCCCUCUAGUGAAGGUAUGUUGGUCAUCUUCUCCUCUCCCCCCUGUGACCCUGCUGCCUGAAGCCCGCAAUGACGAGAUCAUGAAGGCCUUUGGAGGACGAGGGUUCCUGGUGCGGACAGAGGAGGAGCUGCGUAGUGCCUUACAGCUCAGCCUCAGUGACUGGGAGAGACCUAGUCUCCUCAACGUCCUCAUAGACCCCUCCUCAGACAGGAAGCAACAGGUAUUCCCUGGUCUAUACCAGGCAAAUUCAAAUCAAGACCUCAAAGCCAGUUCGAGUGUUGUUUAUGAUGUGUAUCUAGUGUAGGAAAGUGUUUAUAAUGUGUAAGAAAGUGUUGUUUAUUUCUGGUUCUGGAAGGCUGCAGUCAUCAAAUACGCUCUUAAUGGGGCCUCCCGAGUGGCGCAGCGGUCUAAGGCACUGCAUCGCAGUGCUUGAGGCGUCACUGCAGACCUGGGUUCGAUCCCAGGCUGUCACAAGCGGCCUUGACCGGGAGACCCAUGAGGCGGUGCACAAUUGGCCCAACGUCGUCCGGGUUAGGGGAGGGUUUGGGCAGCCGGGAUUUCCUUGUCCCAUCGCUCUAGUGACUCCUUGUGGCAGGCCGGGCACCUGCAAGCUGACUUCGGUCGCCAGCUGGACGGUGUUACCUUCGACACAUUGGUGCGGCUGGCUUCCGGGUUAAGCGAGCAGUCUGUCAAGAAGCAGUGCAGCUUGGCAGGGUCGUGUUUCGGAGGAUGCAUGGCUCUCGACCUUCGCCUCUCCCGAGUCCGUAGGGGAGUUGCAGCAAUGGGACAAGACUGUAACUACCAAUUGGAUAUCACGAAAAAGGGGUAAAAAAAAUAAUAUAUAUAUAUAUAUACAGUCUUAAUAAAAAAGGGUUCCAAAAGUGUUCUUUGGCUGUCCCCAUAGGACAAUUAUUUUAGGUAUAACCCUCAAUGUAGAACCCUCUGUGGAAAGGGGUUCUACAUGGACCCCUAAAGGGUUCUACCUGGAACCAAAAAGGGUUCUUCAAAGGGUUCCCCUAUGGGGACAGCCGAAGAACCCUUUUAGGUUCUAGAUGGAACCUUUUUUGUACCAUCAAGGUAGCUACGGUCAGCUCACUUCACCUGAAUGUUGAAUGCUAAUGUUGCCUAAGAACAGGGCUGUCAAACUAGUGUCUGUUGGUUUCUGUUAUUUCCUGUCCGAUUAAGACAUAGACAACAAGGUUAAGGGCGUUCCUAACUAAUCAGUGUCCUUCAUUGAUCAAUCAAGUAAAAGGGAGGAGUGAAAAAACCUGCAGACACUCGGCCCUCCGUAGAAUGAGUUUGACACAUGAGCCUGACUGCAUCCAACCACGUCAUUUAUCAUUCCUCUCCUGACUGUCCAUGGUCUGUCUGUCUGUCUGUCUGUCUGUCUGUCUGUCUGUAUGUCUGUCUGUCUGUCUGUGUCUCUUAGGAGUUUCCAUGGCUGACUCGCUCCAACCUGUAGCCCCAAGAGGAGAGGUCUGCUGUAUGGGACAGUGAGGAAGACCUGCUUCCUUCUCCCACCUGAUGGAGAAAUUGGGUACGUCCCAAAUGGCAACCUCUUCUCUAUAAGGUUCAUUUUCUAUGGGCCCUGGUCAAAAGUAGUGCACUAAAUAGGGAAUAGGGUGCCAUUUGGUAUGCAGCCCUUGUCAGUGAAGUUUCUCUCUCUAUAACAUGGUGUUAGGAGACAGUGACAGCUGUCACUCAUUUAAUGUGUUUUUGUAUCUAAAAAAUAAUGUUUCUAUGAAAUGUUUUAAUCAAGUCACAUUUACUACACGGUAGUAUUACAUUUUUGAUUUUGUAAAUUUAUACCAUGAUUAAGAUGUAGAUUUGUGACAAAAUGUCAGGUAUAUUUGUCUUUGGCUUAUUUACUAUACUUGUACAAGUGGAAUUGAAAAUAAACUUUGUUGCAGACAAACUACAAGAUAAUAUAAGUUAUUUUAGAAAAUGAUAAAGUGAUGUCAAUGUCUUUCAGAGCUGUAGAAUAUAGGACGCUUUCCCAGUUCCUUUGGGAGUAUAGGAAAUUAUUCUGGGUCCUGUUCAAGAUCUCCCCAGUCCCUCAGUCAAUUUCCUGUGACUUGUCCCCAACAAUACCCAGGUAACUGCUGGUAUUAGAAUGGUAUGGCUCACCAGCUGAAAAUGAGCUCAUGUGUAGCAUGUGGUCCAACGCAACUCCUUCCUCAAACUAACCUCUUACCCCUCUUCAGGGUUCCCCUGUCAAGGAAACAUCAUGGCUGUCAUUGGUUAAUGAGAAAUGUGUGCCAUGUCAGUCUGUGUGACAUUGGGUUGGAAUCAGUGGCGGCUCCUCAGAGGAGGAAGGGGAGGACCAUCCUCCUCAGUGAAUUUCAUAAAAAUAUAGUGAAACAUAAAAAAAGUUAACCUUUUUAGAUAAAACUAUACUAAAUAUAUUCACGUCACCAAAUAAUCGAUUAAAACACAGUGUUGCAAUGAAGGUCGACAGUGGCCUCAACAUAACUCUGUAGGGUAGCAACAUGGUGUAGCCGGAGGACAGCUAGUUUCCGUCCUCCUCUGGGUACAUUGACUUCAAUAUAAAACCUAGGAGGGUCGUGGUUCUCACCCCCUUCCAUAAAUUUACACAACUUCCAGAGGACGUCCUCUGACCUAUCGGAGCUCUUGCAGCAUGAACUGACAUGUUGUCCACCCAAACAAAUGAUCAGAAAAUGAAUCUAGUACUGAAAGCAUAAGCUACAGCUAGCUAGCACUGCAGUGCAUAAAAUGUGGUAAGUAGUUGACUCAAAGAGAGAGAAAGACAAUAGUUGAACAGUAUUGAACAAAUUAAUUUCUAAAAAAAUUAAGAAGCAAGAGAGAGCGCUAGCUAUAUAUAAUUUUUAUCCACUUUCACUUACUUAGCUAGCUAGUUUAGCCUACUCAAACACCCGGCUCAAACAGAGAGAGAUGCUAUGUUACCUAGCUAGCUAUGGCUUUCCAACACUGGAACUCUUCCAAGUCAAGGUAAGCUUUUGGUUUUAUUAAUUUAUUGCCACUGGGGCCGCCAGUGUAACUGCUAAUUGACGUGAGCUAAUAUGGUGACAACAAUGUAGGCUGUGUGUAGUGGUUAUGAUAUGAAGGUUUGGCUUGGAACAAUUUAUUUUCGCCUGGUCAUAGACAGCUGAUGUGUUGUGCACUGAAGUCCACAAGCGAAGGGAAAAGUCCCCUGUAGUCCCCUGUAGCUCAGUUGGUAGAGCAUGGCACUUGCAACGCCAGGGUUGUGGGUUCGUUUCCCACGGGGGGCCAGUAUGAAAAUGUAUGCACUCACUAACUGUAAGUCGCUCUGGAUAAGAGCGUCUGCUAAAUGACAAAAUGUUUAAAAAAAUGUAAAAAAGGUGAGAUGAGGAGAGCGCCUAGAUGCGAGAAGGAAUUAUCUAACGAUCAAAGUCACACUGUUUGUAAAUGGCUGCUAUGGAAGUGAACUGUGUGAUCGAGUGUAUUCAUUCCGCAGAUUCUGUUGAAAGAAAUUUCUUAAACGGAAACAAACAACGAAAAGGGGAUAAACAUACAUUAAUUUGUCCAAUAGAAACUCUUGUUUGCAACUGUUGGACUAAUGAUUACACCCUAUAUCAGCUAGAUGCAGGCAAGAGUGUGCAAGGCGGUAUUGAAUGUGUCACUCUGUCACCUUGAUUACUCAAAUUUCUCUCGACCUGUGCACCUACGUUGUAAACUUUCAUUCAUAGGCUAGGUUGUAGCAACCUCAUGAUGGGUAUAGGGAAAAUUAGAGUAGCCUAAACCUAUCAAUGUUACAUUGAGCUGGGUGAAUGGAAUAUGAAUGACAAUCAUCCAAUAUGCUGUAAUAGAAAUAAGGCCAUGCUCAUAAAAUGUUUUAUACUUAUCCCUCAUCUUAAACGGCACCGACCGCCACUGAUUGGAAUAAGGCCCCUGUAUUGUGUGUGCGCACAGUGAGGGAAAAAAGUAUUUCAUCCCCUGCUGAUUUUGUACGUUUGCCCACUGACAAAGAAAUGAUCAGUCUAUAAUUUUAAUGGUAGGUUUAUUUGAACAGUGAGAGACAGAAUAACGACAAAAAAAUCCAGAAAAACGCAUGUAAAAAAUGUUAUAAAUUGAUUUGCAUUUUAAUGAGGGAAAUAAGUAUUUGACCCCCUCUCAAUCAGAAAGAUUUCUGGCUCCCAAGUGUCUUUUAUACAGGUAACGAGCUGAGAUUAGGAGCACACUCUUAAAGGGAGUGCUCCUAAUCUCAGCUUGUUACCUGUAUAAAAGACACCUGUCCACAGAAGCAAUCAAUCAAUCAGAUUCCAAACUCUCCACCAUGGCCAAGACCAAAGAGCUCUCCAAGGAUGUCAGGGACAAGAUUGUAGACCUACACAAGGCUGGAAUGGGCUACAAGACCAUCACCAAGUAGCUUGGUGAGAAGGUGACAACAGCUGGUGCAAUUAUUCGCAAAUGGAAGAAACACAAAAGAACUGUCAAUCUCCCUCGGCCUGGGGCUCCAUGCAAGAUCUCACCUCGUGGAGUUGCAAUGAUCAUGAGAACGGUGAGGAAUCAGCCCAGAACUACACGGGAGGAUCUUGUAGCUCAAUUGGUAGAGCAUGGCGCUUGUAACGCCAGGGUAGUGGGUUCGAUCCCCGGGACCACCCAUACGUAAAAAUGUAUGCACACGUGACUGUAAGUCGCUUUGGAUAAAAGCGUCUGCUAAAUGGCAUAUUAUAUUAUUAUAUUAUAAUGAUCUCAAGGCAGCUGGGACCAUAGUCACCAAGAAAACAAUUGGUAACACACUACGCCGUGAAGGACUGAAAUCCUGCAGCGCCCACAAGGUCCCCCUGCUCAAGAAAGCACAUAUACAGGGCUGUCUGAAGUUUGCCAGUGAACAUCUGAAUGAUUAAGAGGAGAACUGGGUGAAAGUGUUGUGGUCAGAAGAGACCAAAAUCGAGCUCUUUGGCAUCAACUCAACUCGCCGUGUUUGGAGGAGGAGGAAUGCUGCCUAUGACCCCAAGAACACCAUCCCCACCAUCAAACAUGGAGGUGGAAACAUUAUGCUUUGGGGGUGUUUUUCUGCUAAGGGGACAGGACAACUUCACCGCAUCAAAGAGACGAUGGACGGGGCCAUGUACCGUCAAAUCUUGGGUGAGAACCUCCUUCCCUCAGCCAGGGCAUUGAAAAUGGGUCGUGGAUGGGUAUUCCAGCAUGACAAUGACCCAAAACACACGGCCAAGGCAACAAAGGAGUGGCUCAAGAAGAAGCACAUUAAGGUCCUGGAGUGGCCUAGCCAGUCUCCAGACCUUAAUCCCAUAGAAAAUCUGUGGAGGGAGCUGAAGGUUCGAGUUGCCAAAUGUCAGCCUCGAAACCUUAAUGACUUGGAGAAGAUCUGCAAAGAGGAGUGGGACAAAAUCCCUCCUGAGAUGUGUGCAAACCUGGUGGCCAACUACAAGAAACGUCUGACCUCUGUGAUUGCCAACAAGGGUUUUGCCACCAGGUACUAAGUAAUGUUUUCCAGAGGGGUCAAAUACUUAUUUCCCUCAUUAAAAUUCAAAUCAAUUUAUUAAAUUUUUGACAUGUAUUUUUCUGGAUUUUUAUGUUGUUAUUCUGUCUCUCACUGUUCAAAUAAACCUACCAUUAAAAUUAUAGACAGAUCAUGUCUUUGUCAGUGGGCAAACGUACAAAAUCAGCAGGGGAUCAAAUACUUUUUUCCCUCACUGUAUGUGUGCGUACGUUAGCGCAUUUCCAAUGUGUGGCUAUGUGUCCCUGCCUGGCCCACAGCACCCUGCAUGCCUGUCCUUCCUCCCUAUAGGUCAGGGAUUGGCCCACAGCACCCUGCAUGCCUGUCCUUCCUCCCUAUAGGUCAGGGAUUGGCCCACAGCACCCUGCAUGCCUGUCAUUCCUCCCUAUAGGUCAGGGAUUGGCCCACAGCACCCUGCAUGCCUGUCCUUCCUCCCUAUAGGUCAGGGAUUGGCCCACAGCACCCUGCAUGCCUGUCAUUCCUCCCUAUAGGUCAGGGAUUGGCCCACAGCACCCUGCAUGCCUGUCAUUCCUCCCUAUAGGUCAGGGAUUGGCCCACAGCACCCUGCAUGCCUGUCAUUCCUCCCUAUAGGUCAGGGAUUGGCCCACAGCACCCUGCAUGCCUGUCCUUCCUCCCUAUAGGUCAGGGAUUGGCCCACAGCACCCUGCAUGCCUGUCAUUCCUCCCUAUAGGUCAGGGAUUGGCCCACAGCACCCUGCAUGCCUGUCAUUCCUCCCUAUAGGUCAGGGAUUGGCCCACAGCACCCUGCAUGCCUGUCAUUCCUCCCUAUAGGUCAGGGAUUGGCCCACAGCACCCUGCAUGCCUGUCAUUCCUCCCUAUAGGUCAGGGAUUUCCACUGGGACUGGGUGGACAGCCUGCUUCCUGCCCUGAGGCCUCCCCAGCCCCCCCCACGCCCUCCUCCCCUUGUCACCACAGCCAUAACUUAA